GUUCGCGUCCCACUCCUCCUGACGUCAUGUCUGUCGGAGAUUGGUUGUUCAGUUCUGACACUAACUCCUGCCCUUACACAGUGAAACUUUUUAAAGAGUUUUCAAUCUCAUCUACGGGGUAAAGUAUCGCACAGACGUAGCCAUAGCAGCCGUAACAUCUGCUGCCCAGCUCCCCCCUGUCCUGCGCAGGAAUAAAGCAGGGCUUUAUUUUACACCCUUUCUAACGUUUUACAUGUCAUAUUUAAGUUUGGACUUUUAUUAAUUAAGCCUACGUUGUUAGAUUUUCUUUUUCCUUCGGGCUGGAUAUCGCAGGCUAGACGAAUAUGCUCAGGGACAUAGAAUUUCACUUUCGAUAAAGUCACAGGAGUUUUAUUUUUCAUAAACGGACUGCGCGCAGUUGAAGCUAUAUCAGACCCUCCCCGAGGAAAUUCUAACAAAGUUUUAGGUCAUCUCUUUUUAAACGGAUACGGAGUUGAUAUGGCUUGGAUUAGAUGGGACCUCAUAUUUUCAAUAGGUUUAUUCGUUUCCCCGGCAUUUAUUUCCACGGAUCAGAGUGGUUUUAGGAGGUUUUACGUGUUGCAGCCAGGACCGAGCGGUACGGACAGGGUGCAUGUGAGUUCCAUUUCAUCGCGCUCCGGUGCCACGGGACAGCCCCACUCAUACAAUGUGGAGCUCACGUCCAGUUUCGGUGGCCAGGUCCGAACCCGCAGGAUGGGAAACCAAGCGAAUCCAAUCCCGCUUCGGCAGGACACCCAGUUUACGCAGCAUCAGCAAGUCAUUCGGCACACCAGCCACAACGUUCAUCAGAAUCACCAAAUGAAACUGUCAGGGGUGAAUGUCUGUGGAGGGCAGUGCUGUCACGGAUGGAGUAAGGCCCCUGGAUCACAACGCUGCACCAAGCCCAACUGCAUGCCUCAGUGCCAGAAUGGAGGAAUGUGCCUCAGGCCGCAGCUCUGCGUCUGCAAGGCAGGCUCAAAGGGCAAGGUAUGUGAACAGAAGACUAUGCCCACCUCCUCCUACCCAGGCCUGCCUGGGAACGGGCACACCAACAGCCCCACCAACGGACAUACAAACGGACACACCAACGGACACAAUUUCGUGCCCCAGCGGCCCAUACCUCAGCAGGUGGCCCCCCAGGGGUACGCUCCUGCCCCGGUCAGCAACAUGCCCCAGAUGCGACUGACCGUCAAGCAGUCGCCCCACCUCGUCCGACCCCACAGCGUCCAGCAACAGAUCAGACCCAUACCAGUGCUCCCAGGCCAGAGCCAGCAGUUCAUCCUGAAGCCCAAGUACUACCAUACCCACACCACGCACACCCAGACCCACGUCCAGCACCAGCCCGACCGACCCAUCCCCCUGACGGUGGGACACAACCCCAUCCACGUGGGAAACCACACAGGGAGGAUCAAGGUGGUCUUCACUCCCACCAUCUGCAAGGUGACCUGCAUGGGGGGACGUUGCCAUAACAACUGUGAACUCGGCAACACCACCACCAUCAUCAGUGAGAAUGGCCACGCCACUGACACGCUGACGGCGCCUAACUUCCGAGUAGUGGUCUGCCAUCUUCCUUGCAUCAAUGGAGGAAAGUGCAGUGCCAGGGACAAGUGUCAGUGCCCGCCCAAUUUCACCGGAAAGUUCUGCCAGAUGCCCAUCCAGAAUGGCCAUCACCAUCACCAGCAGAGCUCCUCCAGCUUCAGCCACACAUCCCAGAUCCACUCAACACACACACUGCCCCUGACCUACAGCAACGGGCAGAAUCCAGUCAAUUUCAACCCCAGCAUCGUGAACAUCCAUGUCAAACACCCUCCGGAGGCCUCGGUCCAGAUCCACCAGGUGUCCCAACUGGACUCAAAUGGCCAGAAGGUGAAGGGCUCGUCCCGCUCGUCCCAGUCGGGCUCCACCUACACCACCUACCACCACUCGGAGAACAACCAGAAGAUCCACCAGCAGCAGCAGCAGCAGCAGCAGCAGGGUCACAAUGUCAUCCAGCAUGGCUACGGGCACCAGUACCAGCCCGUCACCUCCCCCCUGGGGCGCUGCUUCCAGGAGACCACUGGGACACAGUGUGGCAAGGUUCUGCCUGGGCUCAGGAAGCAGGAGGACUGCUGUGGGACCAUCGGAACGUCCUGGGGCUUCCACAAAUGCCAGAAGUGCCCAAAGAAACCAUCUAUUCCUCUGACUGGUUCGAGACACAUAAUGGACUGUCCCCAUGGAUACAAGCGCAUCAACAUCUCCAACUGCCAAGAUCUUAAUGAGUGCCAGCUACAAGGAGUGUGUCCCAAUGGAGACUGUAUGAACACCGUGGGUAGCUACAGGUGCCUGUGUAAGGCAGGCUACAUCCCUGACCCAACUCUCUCCACAUGCAUACCUGACACCCCCACCGUCCAAGAAGAGAAAGGGGCUUGCUUCCGCUUGGUCAGUUCGGGGAGGCAGUGCUUGCACCCAGUCUCUACCCAAUUGAGCAAGCAGCUGUGCUGCUGCAGUGUGGGCAAGGCCUGGGGCCCGCGCUGUGACAAGUGCCCCUUGCAAGGAACAGCCAAAUUCAAAGAAAUAUGCCCUGGAGGGAUGGGUUACACUGUCUUGCCCAAACCACCCAAUCGCAUCCAACCUGAUGCUAACAGGCCUGUCCAGGAGCCUGUGAUCACCUUCCAGGAGCCUGUGGUCCCGCCCCUGCCCUUCCCCACACCUGAGAAGCCAGUGGAGGCCCUAAGUGUCACACAGAGACAGCUGCCCUCUGUGCCUGUAGUUACUGUUGCACCUGAACAGGAGCUGGAUGUUCAAGGGGUUGGUCAUAGCCUGCUAAUUGAGGCCAUCCAGCCCCAGCUCUCUCCAGGUGUCUCCACCAUCACCAUUGGGCCCAUCUACCCAGAGGUUGUGGAGAAAACACCGGCCCCAGCCCCAGUGGAGAUCCUUCCCUCCAAUGCUGGACAGGACAUCGCUCCUACCCAGUUUGAAGAGGUGAACGAGUGCCAGGUGAACCCUCACAUCUGUGGCCAGGGCCUCUGCUACAACACAGCAGAGGGCUACACCUGCAUCUGUAACCAUGGCUACCAGCUGGAUGACACUCAGACCACCUGUGUAGAUGUUGAUGAGUGUGAGGAGAGCCCGCUGCUGUGCUCCAAUGGCCACUGUGAGAACACCCCGGGCCACUUCCUGUGUGUUUGUCAAAGUGGCUUCAUGCUUGACGAGGAGGAAACCAGCUGUGUUGAUGUGGACGAGUGUGUGGACCCUAAUAUUUGUCCUGACGACAGCAUCUGCAUCAACAAGUUGGGCUACCACAUCUGUCACCUGUGUGACCGGGGCUACAGGAUGAGCUCUGCUGGACAGUGUGAAGACAUAGAUGAGUGUGCUGACAGCGAUUCGUGUCCGUCCGGAAUUUGUAUCAACCUCGACGGCUCGUUUGAGUGUGAAGACUGUCCACCUGGCUCCCAGGGGCAGGGGGGCCAGUGUGUCGAUAUAGACGAGUGUCUGGAUCCAUCCGCGUGUGCCAACGGGAUGUGCUCCAACUUGAAGGGUUACUUUGUCUGCUCGUGUGACGAGGGCUUCACGCUCAGCGCAGACGGCCAGUCGUGCGAAGAUGUGGAUGAGUGCCAGGAUGUGCUGUUGUGUACCAGGGGGCACUGCCAGAACACCGAAGGCUCCUUCCUCUGCAGCUGUGAGCCUGGAUUUGUGGUCUCUUUGGCUGGGGACCAGUGUGUUGAUGUGGAUGAGUGUGUAGAUGGUCCCUGUGAGAGUGUGGGCCAGUGUGUCAACACCCUGGGUUCCUACCAGUGCAGCUGCCCUCAGGGUUUCCAUCAGGUCAAUGGCACCAUAUGCCAAGACAUAGAUGAGUGUCUGGACGACCCAGACCUGUGUCUCCCCUACGGCCAGUGCCUCAACGUCGACGGCUCCUUCCACUGCCUCUGCCAGAGCGGCUUCGCCGCCGUCACCGACAAACACACCUGCGAAGACGUGGAUGAGUGCCUGGAGGGUACCAGGUGUGUGGGCGGCUCCUGUGAGAACGUCCAGGGCUCCUACAGAUGCCAGUGUGACGGAGGCUACCGCCUGCAGCCCCACACUCACACAUGCCAGGAUGUUGACGAGUGUUUGGAGCUGGGUCGGAGCAUCUGCGGGGCCUGGUUCUGUGAGAACACGGCGGGCUCUUAUAGGUGCGUGGUGGACUGCCCGCCCGGGCACAGCCGCACCACUGAGGGCAUCUGUGUGGAUAUCGACGAGUGCUCGGACAACGAGACGGUGUGCGGCAGCAACGGCUUCUGUGAGAACACGGCGGGCUCCUUCCGCUGCCUGUGUGACCGUGGCUUCCAGGAGGCCCAGGAGGGACACGGCUGUGUGGAUGUGAACGAGUGCGAGCUGCUGAGCGGUGUGUGUGGGGAGGCGCAGUGUGAGAACGUGGAGGGCGCCUUCCUGUGCACAUGCCCCGAGGAGGGCCAGGAGUACAACCAGAUGACGGCCCAGUGCAGCCCCACUCCGACAGCCUCGUCCGUGGAGAGGAAAGAGUGUUACUACAACCUGAAUGACGAGAACCUGUGUGAGAACGUCCUCACCAGUCACGUGACCAUGGAGGAGUGUUGCUGCACGCUGGGGGCCGGCUGGGGGGACAACUGUGAGGUGCACCCCUGCCCUGUCCAGGGCACAGAUCAGUUUAACCAGAUGUGUCCAGCUGGUCGAGGCAGUGUCCCAUCAGGUGACUCUGUGUACGGACUGGAUUUUGCCAGCAGCCACAAAGACGCAGACGAGUGCGUGUUGUUCGGCGAGGAGAUCUGCAAGGACGGCUUCUGUCUCAACUCCGCAGGGAGCUACGAGUGUUACUGCAAGGCGGGCCUGUAUUAUGACGAGGCCAAGCUGCAGUGCAGAGAUAUUAAUGAGUGCCUGGAUGAGUUCAUCUGUGUCGGGGGGGUGUGUAUGAACUCUGAGGGCUCCUACACGUGUUUCUGUACACACCCCAUGGUGCUGGACCCUGAAAACAAGCACUGCGUGUUUCCCCCUGAUGUGGCAGAACACCACGGGCACACUGACUACCAGGGCAUUUGCUGGCAGACUUUGCUGACAGACACCAUGACCUGCACCGAGCCCUUGGCCGACAAAAAGACUACCUACACCGAGUGCUGCUGCCUGCACGGGGAGGCCUGGGGCACGGACUGUGCCCUCUGCCCCCCGAAAAACACAGAGGACUAUGCCUCCAUGUGCAACGUGCCAGUGAGGGGCAGGCAAAGGCCGUAUGGUCGCGACGCCCUUGUGGCCGUACCUGCCUACGAAUACGGGGAAGGCCAGAACUACGGCCUGCCCGACGACAGCGAACCUAUAUUUGAAGAGGAGGAGACAGCCCCUUAUGAUUCUUUCGAGGGCUUGAGAGCGGAGGAGUGCGGCAUCCUGAACGGCUGUGAGAACGGCCGCUGUGUGAGGGUCCAGGAGGGCUACACCUGCGACUGCUUUGACGGCUACACCCUGGAUAUGACACGCAUGGCCUGCGUAGAUGUAAACGAAUGUUCCGAGCUCAACAGCCGCAUGUCGCUCUGUAAGAACGCCAAGUGCAUCAACACGCAAGGAUCAUACAAGUGUGCGUGUCUGCCAGGGUACAAGUCCUCUGAGCGGCCCAACUACUGUGUGCCCGGGGAACCAGAGACGGCAGCAGGAUACGCCGAGAGGGAGUGAGCCUCCUCGUCCACUAGAGGGAGACGUCAACACGAAAAACAACACUUAUUUAAUCAAAGCCCAUAUACUCUGCACUGUAUAGAAACACAAUUAGCAAAACAACAAAAAAGUAAUUUACUUGAGAUGAAGAUCCAAUUUAAUCUACUAUGUGGUGCCUGUGUGGGGAGGAGACACACAGCAUUGUAUGAAAUGUAUGUUUGUGUCGUCUGUAUUUGUACGUUUUGUUCGAUUUUUUUGUUCUUGUUUUAGAAGGAGUUUUAUGCGUGUUAAAUCUUUCUUGCCUUAACGCAAUGACAAACCCUAUGAACUCUUGCUGGGGGAUAACAUUUUUAUUUUCUACCCAGUCAAAAAACGCCUUGAGUGUGGAUAUUUAAUUAUAUGACGAGGCCAGCUAUCCUUCCAUUUUCUCCUUGUUUCAUCCUCUUCCUCCUCUCCUUCCAUUGACUAAUGCUUUAGAGGACUACAUAACCUGGCUGGGCAGAGGGCACCAUCUUGUCUUGCUCAUUGGCUUCACCCAAACAUGCAGUAUGAACAUUACUGUACUAGAAUGUUAUUAAUGUAAAUUCUUUGGAAUAAGCUUUUUUCUAGAUUUUUUUUAAUUGAUGAUAAAUGCAAAUACAAAGCAACUUCUGUGUCUGGGACAUUGGACAUUGGAUUUAUUUGUUUUUGUGUUGUUUUUUUUCACUCUUUUGCCUGCCCUGUGGAGCAGUCAUAUUUCCUUUUACCCUUUUCUCUUUAGUUACUGUUUUUAUUUUGUUUUGAAGGUUUGCUUUAUUUCUUUUCAUAAUUUUCAUGAAACCUUUACUGCAUUUUAAAAAGUCUUGCCAGGUUGCAAAGCUGCUAUGGAACAGCCGUGGGAGAAAAUUUUGUACAUUUGAAACAGAAGAGGUGAGAAAUCAGUUUAUGUAUUUGUAAUUUGUACAUGGAAAAAUAGCACUUGUAUGAAUAUUCAUAUUACUAUGUAUAUUAAACCCCAGGUAAUAAAUCACAGGUUGUGAUAUUUAUACUGA